AUGAAGGAAGGGAAGGAGCAGGAGCGGGCGUUCACGCCAAGCCGGGACGACUACGAGUCAGAUAUGAAUGCUGACAAUUGCUCUGGCAUCGAUAGAGCCAUCCACAGCCAUCCACGGCCAUCCACAGCCAUCCACAGCAGUGUCGGAAUGGCCUAUCUACUCCCAGCAGCCCCUGUGGUGUUGCUGCUACUCACUUCCUGUUUCCCAGAAUGCUCGGCUACCCCGUCACAAUACCUGUGCGGCUCUCACCUGGUGGAGGCUCUGUAUCUGGUGUGUGGGGAGAGAGGCUUCUUCUACAGUACAAACAAGAGCAAGCGGGACCUGCAGACUCUACUUGUUUUCCUCUCCAAAUCGUCAGUCCCGGGGAGACUGACGCAUCCGUUAAAGAGCAUCCACGGCGAGUUGAGAAAGAGGAGGGGCAUAGUGGAGCAGUGUUGCCACCAGCCGUGCAGCAUCUACCAUCUUCAGGAGUACUGCAACUGA